ACAGUAUUGUUGCGACGGCUGUACUAAAACAUAUGACACAAAGUCAUUGCUUAUAAGGCAUCGGCUGACUGUCCACUCGGCGAUCAAUGCCAGUCCGCAGCAGACAAACCGUGACAUUGAAGUUAUUGUCGCAUCAGUUUCUAUGAACACUACAGUAGCUGAUGAUAGACCGGUAGAACCUAUGACUGCCCCACCGGUGCACUCAAUCACUGCUACCACUGAUCCAAACAACAGUCUCUCGGAUAUAAGUCGUGAUGAAAACAGUGGACACAAAGCGGGCGGCAGUCGGCCAAAAGUGGCCGCCAAUGGCGUAAACCCGGACUCAUUACACUCGUGCGAUAUCGAGAGCUGCGGCCGAGUGUUUGUCUUUCAACGCGAACUCGAUGUUCACCGCAAGACUGUCCACAAAGUUGGCGCACAUGAGGCCUAUCAGUGCGAACGGUGCGGCCUAUGGCUGAUCCUCAGCGCCGGUCAACUCGAGGCCCACAACCUUAAGUGUAGGCCAAAGACGAGUGGCAAACGGCCCAAUGAUGGCCAACAACAGCAGCAUUGGUGCCCCGACUGCUGCAAACUCUUCGACACAGCACUCCUACUGCACCAUCACGUGAUCGCUAACCACCCGUCACGGCUGGCCGACAACUGGUGCGACAAUUGCGGCCAAGGGUUCACCAACGGUGACGAUCUGCACAGACAUCGGAUAGCUGUCCACUUGCCCAAAGACAUGCCAUACCUGUGCGAGUCGUGUGGCAAAGCGUUUGGCACGGAUGAGGGUCUCCGCGAACAUCAAAGAGUUGUCCACAACCCGUCUCUAGUGUGCGAGUCGUGCGGCCGUACGUUCCGCUCCGCAAAUGCUUUUCACGGCCACCGAAAGGCAGUACACGACGUGCCGUUUCCGGCGCCCAAUACCGGCCCUAAGCGGCCAACAUUACCGAAGCAGCCGUGCGAUACGUGCGGCCGACUGUUUGUUAAUUCCCAGGCCUUAACUCAACAUAAAAGGGAUAAAAUGCAC